CAGUGGGUUGCCCUUAAAAACAAAGAAAACUCUUCAGUAAUUUUUAUUUGAGUGUUGGAGCAGGUCCAAAAUAAAUGUAAAGAAGUUUCUGUGCAGGUAUUACAACAGGAGCAAUUUGGGUCAUUAUCUUGUUUAAUGUUGCUCGUGCAGUGUUUAGGAGGAUAAGACCAGAGCUAUGCAGUAAUUUAAAGUCCCAGUGGUGCUCCCUUCAAAGCCCUCCGUAUUACUUCCGCCUGAUGCGGUCCGUCACCGACUUGUUUCCCCCGUUAAUGCGGAACUGCAACUACGAGAGUGACAACAACAACGGCCGACGCACUUAGCGGAGGCUCGUCUGCCAAACAAACUGUCGUCCAGCUGUGAAGACUUUCAUUUGGGGGGCGGAAAGGGACGACAACCAACUGCUGUCGUGUUUGCUGGUGUUUCUUACCCAUCGGCUGCGUCGCCAUGCUAAGCGUGGACUCGCUGCCCGUUGCAGAGGAAGAGGUGGUCGAGUCCACUUCCAACAAAUGGGAAGACAUUUAUACUUUCUUGGCAGAAGGCUGCUUUCCUCCCACCAUGGGCCCAGUGAGGAAGAAAAAUCUCAAACGGUAUGCCCAGAAGUUUAUCUUAGAAGAUGGACGCUUGUAUUAUGUUGGACAAAAGAAAGAAGAAAAGCGAGAGGUUGUCAUUGAUCCUGAAAGGAAAAGGCAGAUUUUCCUUGAAUGCCAUUUCAAUGAUAUUGGGCACCAUUUAGGACAAAAGAAAACGGUCCAUAGGAUUCAAAGCAGAUACUACUGGCUGGGCAUAGUCCGUGACGUGGUGGACUGGAUUAAAGUAUGUGAAACGUGCCAGAAUGCAGAACACAAUAAAAGCUUGUCCAGAAAGCUCAGGCCUAUUAAAGUGGAGGCUCCUUGGGAAAUCCUGAUCAUUGACCUGAUGGGACCUUUUCCAGAAACGAGCAAAGAGAACACCUUUUUGCUUUUAUUAACUGAUUACUUUAGCAAAUGGGUGGAAGCAAUCCCACUGCCAAAGAAGGAGCCUUUGUCUGUUGCAAGGUGCCUCUCAUCUGCAUUUUAUAGGUUUGGGGCAGCCAAAACUGUCUUCUGUUGCCAAAGCAGGGAGUUUUGUGAAGAGGUAACUAAGCACCUGAUCGAGAGGUGGAAUUUCAUCCUCAAGAUCUCUCCUAUCGAGCAGCCGCAGCAGACCUCUUUGUACGACCGGAGCACCGAUAUGUUAAAGGAAGCUCUCCGUCAAGUCAUGACUGAGAAGCAGGCCGACUGGGAUGACCAUCUAGACCCCGUACUCUUUGUGUUUCGGACUUCGGUGAAUGCCACCACCAAAUUUACGCCUUUCUUCCUGAUGUUCAACAGAGAAGCAAGCUAUCCGGCCGAGAUUGAAUUUGACUCUGGAAAGGAAGAGCAAGUCCAAGAUAUGCCAGUGUGCUCCGUCAAGCAAGACAUCGCCAUUGAGUUUGCCGCUGCUAUACAAGAACAGCAGAAUGCGGUGAAGCAAAUGGUCAUUGCCAACAUGAACGCAGCAUACAAGGAGGAAAAGAAGAGCAGCAAAAGAAGAGCCAGAAGUCUGCCGUCUUUAACGUUUAAAGUGGAUCACUCCUUGCUGGGAGUGAGUGACUCUGCACAGCUCAAAAGACUAAAGAAGAAUCACUACAUUUCAUUUCCAGCGGAAACCGUCUUGGCACCUGACCAGUGUGGCACAGGUGGAAAAUGAAGAACUGUCAGGUUUUGGUGUUCUUCUAGCUUUAGAUUGUGGAGCACAGGGGGCUCAGUUGUGCCUCGCCCCGCUGCAAACUGGAGGGCAUUCACAGCACAGUAACCUGGCAGCAGCCAGUGAAUUCUUUUGUUCUUUGCAAGUCGAUUCAAAUAAGAGUUUAAAGGAGAAAGCCAAAGCGAAGAAGAGCACCCAGUCAGUCAUUAACAUUUACAGCAGAGCCUCGUCCCGUUGAUAGCCCUCAAACUUCACUGGAGUUACGAGGUGGAAAAGGGGCAAGGAAAGUCUCAUUUGAAGAGAAGAGCAUUACAGAUGGCCGGCCGAAGUGUUCUUACGCCCCUGCUGAGAUUGUUAGUUUUGUGUUUUCAAAGAGACGUCUGUGCUGUAGAAUGGCUGCAGGGAAAUACUGCACUUGCCGGUGGGGACGGAUCCCAGGACGAUGAAGUCGCUCUCGUGUCUAGUUUAUCAGUUUCCUGGGAGAAAACUGAUCAAUUGCUGAGAAAGUACUAGAAAAUAAACCUCGAUAUCCGAUGAUGAUAACAAGUAUGAAAUGCACAGGAACCGCCCUAUGGACUUGUGAAGAAAUGGUCUUAAAAUUCGGAUAGACGGGGUAUCAACCGUUCGAGCAGCUUGGAUGAAGUUCUCUUGCUGUUUUUUAACGUCAGUCCUAAAUACUUAACAUUUAAGUAGCAUGUACAGUUUACGUGUGACCGGAGUAAUCGGUUGUAGUAUGCGCUGACUCCCAGAGUUCUCAUACUGCUUCUAAAGGUUGCUGGUCAAAAUAAUAAUAAUUGUAGUCAACACUGAGGGUCAGUCUAAUUUUCUCUGCUCAUGAAGGCCCCAACCAGCUACCCAUCCUCCCUUAAAUGAAGGCACUGGCGAUGGAGGAGCCUCUCAUUGGGUGGCACGCUCUCUGUGUGUUUGCCAAUCUCAUUUCUGUCUCGUCAAACCCCAUGCUGUGAACUUGGGAUCUUUAGAUUACACCACAGACUUCUGUACCACUGCAACCAGGGGGGUUCUCCUCUAGCACAGAUGCAGAGACGCUGGCCGUGUAACCCUGUAGCUUGAGUUCCAGCCCAGCUGCUGCCAUCUCAGGGAGGAUCAGCAGGUAAAAGGGGAAUGGGGGCCAGCGAAGUGAGAGAGGCGCAGCGUACAACUAACUAUGAGAGCUGUGAGCGGAUGUGGACUGUCAGCCACGUGGUCAGGAGUGAGCGGCCACAGCGCCAGUGAACUUCUCACAACACUGUUUCUUGCAUUACACUCUCAUCCACGUUCUAAUCGAUAUUGUCUCAUCAUAAGAGUGCAUGCAGUUGUAAAAGUAGGAGAAGGGUAGCAUGUGUGUGAGUUUGCGAUGUGGUGGUGUUGGCGUUUGUUUUAUUCAUUUAAUUACUGCGCUGUUAUUACAGGCAGUGUGUUGUACAUACAUAGCAGGUCAUAAUGGCAGCUGCUUGAUCGUGAUUAGUGGUUGGAGUGCUGGGUUUUGUUUUUCUCCUUGUAGAUUCUGCCGUUUUAAGAAUCCACUUGGGCUGCGUGUCUAAUUCACGUGUCUCUUAGAGAAAAAAAUUCAAAUGCAGUUGACAGGGAUGGAAACUUUGCGGGACUGGGAGAGAGAUUUUUUUUUGCAGAAACGGGAUGGGACUUUGUUGUGAGCAGUCAGGAGUGGGAUUGAAAACUCAGGACCAUGCAGGCCUCGGCUCCACUGUUAGACACGUGUUGGGCUGACGGAGCUCUCCCACCACUGCCGUCACGUGAAGGAGGAGACGUGGCUGAGGAAGGGGCCGUCGUCCUGAGCAGAGACGCUGAUGUGUGCGGUCAUCUAUUUUAGCUGUACAGGAUAGUGUCGUGAAAAUGAGCAGGAUACUGAUUUUAUUGGGAGCUCUGACUGAAAACCAUGUCUGCUAUAUGAUGAGUUGCACAUGUGUUCUUAUUAAUGUUGAUUAAAAAUAUAUUUUCUAAACUCCA